UCUCUGAGGGACUCUCUGAGUGUCUUCAGCAGUCAAAGAAGAACUCCAAGCCACAGUGUUUCACCUUGCAAUUGCGGAAAAAACCUACCUUUGACCUGCCAAAUUGCAGCAGCCAUGUUCCUCUGCUGCCGCCGCCACCUCACCUUCUCACCGCUCACCGCCGUGCCCUCUCCCAGUGGACACCGCCCUCUCAAGCCAAGAACGCUCAGAGCCCCAAUCCUAGCAUCCAAGAACCCCCCACCACGGCCAUGGCCACUGCCAAGGCGGCAAUGGCGGUGGCGGUGCAGCAACACCGAUGCCGCCCAACCGCCACCCGUCGUCGAGGCCAGUGUGUCCGGCGACGGCGAGAAGAAGAGCUUCUGGGCGGCGGUGAGCCUCAUCAUCGGCACGGCGGUCGGGCCAGGCAUGCUGGCGCUGCCGUCGGCCACCAUCCGCUCCGGUACGGUCCCCUCCACCGUGGCCAUCCUGCUCUCCUGGGCCUACGUCGUGUCUUCCAUCGUCCUCGUCGCCGAGCUCAGCUUCGCGGCCAUGGAGAGUGGGGGCGUGGACGAGGUCAGCUUCACAGGACUUGCGUCGAGCACCUUGGGGGCAACCUUUGGCGGUGUCGUUGCCGUCGUCUACGCUGCGCUGAGCUUCUCCCUGAUGGUCGCCUGCGUAGCCGGCAUCGGCUCGCUGGUCUCCCAGCUCUUCCCCGCGGUGAAUCCGGUCUUGGCGAACGCGCUCUUCCCGUGCUUCGCCGGGGUGCUCAUCGCGUUCUUCCCGUUCAAGGCUGUCGAUGGCGUCAACCGCGUCCUGUGCGGCCUGAUGCUCGUCUCGAUCACGUCGCUUGUGGUGACAGGCGUCUCCGUCGGCCGGAGCAGCAUGCUGAAUUCGCUUGGCUACGCGUGCUGGAGCCCUGGUGCCAUCUUGCCGGCCAUUCCGGUCACCGUGCUCACGCUUGGGUUCCACGUGAUCACGCCAUUCAUCUGCAAGAUUGUAGGUGACUCGGUGUAUGAUGCACGCAGGGCAAUUCUCAUUGGGGGUGCUGUACCAUUGGUCAUGGUUUUGUCAUGGAAUGCUGUCAUUCUAGGAUUGGCAGGUGCGACCGGCAGUGCAAGGUUCGAUGACCCUAUUAAGCUUCUUCUCUCGGUGAAUCCAGCAGCAUUGGCUCCUGUUCGAGGCUUUGCGUUUGCUGCAUUGGCGACGAGCUUGAUAGGAUAUGCAGUCAGCUUCCCGAAGCAGUUGGAAGACACUUUGCAGUUGAUUGUUAACAGAUUUUCUCCGAAGCAAGGAAGUGUGGAGUUGUCCAAUGCUGGUGGUGGUCAUGGCAGGAACGAGGUGGUUCUUACGUUGGCAGUGCUGAUCAUUCCCAUAUUUAUUGUAUCAUUCUUCUCAACAGCGUUUGCCAAGGCAUUAGAUUUUGCCGGGAUUUAUGCAAACUGCUUCUUGUUUGGGAUCCUGCCUCCUGCAAUGGCCUGGAUUCAUCGGUCACGGAAGAAGAGGUCACCUGGUUCAUGUGAAGAUAUUUUGCCUGGUGGGAAUGCUGCUCUCUUGGUACUUUUCAUCGUUGCGGUUAUCCUAGCAUUCCGGCAUUAAAAGGCCUGACCAUCGUUCCAUCAAAUGAGCGAAAGAAGUCUGUUUUGGGAGAGCAAUUAACCAUCUUGUAGUUGAUUGGUGCUUGAAAGCUCGACUAUAUUGUCCUCACCAUUAAUGGGUUUAUUUUUAUUAUGUACUCCCUUCGUAAACUAAUAUAAGAGCGUUUAGGUCACCAAUUUAGUAAUCUAAACGCUCUUAUAUUAGUUUACAGAGGGAGUAACUAUUAUUUGAAAUAAAAAUGAUGCUGUAUCACCAAACUUUUGUCGAUAAACUAACCAUUUUGGCCAUGUUGAUGGACAGUGGCAGAGGACGGUAUGAAAUUUUGGUAGGGUGAAAUCAUGAUCGUUGUUUUAUACAUACUAAUAAGAGUAUUUGAUGUUAGAUUUAUGACAACAAAUCCGUGUAGAAACAUAUUGAAAUGAAAUUAGCACAUGCAAAAAUACCUCACCAAGCUUGUACUACAUUUUUUGACAUUUCAUCGAUUUUUAACUAUAUGAAAGCUUCGUUGAUGUUUAAGCGUAAAGGAAUGUAAGUAAAGCCUAGCCUGAUUAACUCUCAUGUGCCUUAAAUGUGUAAAGCCCAGCUGCUCAGGCCCUGAUAUUUCGCUCAUCGGUCGUCUAUCUUGUGUCCUGGUGACUUUUGAGUCAGCAAAGUUGCCAUCCUGAGCUCAAGCUGGCCUGUGGCCAUGGCAUAGAAGCAGAAUAGUAGGGAAUAUUUACUACACCUGUUAGGUCGGGCGGCUGCCCUACCCCGCCCUAUGUGUCCCUCCACCACUGCUAAUGGGUUUGGAUGGCCAGAAAGCUUGGUAGCUACUACCUCUGUAUCUAAAUAUAAAACGUUUUUUUAUGCAUCGACCCAGGUCUAAACUCAUGGUGCAGUAGUUUUUCUUGUGCAACAUAAGACUAGCCACAGUGGGAGUAACUUCAGCAGUAACAUCGAGUCCAACUCAGCAAAUUUGCUUAUGUGGCAGUGAGUUAAUGAGGAGAGAGGUAGUUAUAGUAACUUAGCUAGUUACUGUAACAUCACAUGCCCCGAUGCAAUAUGAGUCUAUAACCUAAUAAAUGAAGCUUUGCAUGUCACCACACUUAUGUUACUACCCACUAUGAAGGUAGUAACAUAGUCUAGGGAUAUGUGUAUGUUACUAGUGUAUGUUACUCACCAUUGUGACUAGUCUAAGACCAUUUUGUGUAGCUAGAAAGGCUAUGUCUGCAAAUAUGCUUGGUAAGGGUCUAAUAAUUUUUAAAUGAUUAUUUAGUUAAUUUUUUCCAGAUAAGCUUGUAUGCAUUUUGACUCCUGGAGAAGUAUUGAACAAUUCUGAGGUCACAUUCUAAUUAGCUAGUUUGCUCAAGUGUGCUGUACCCGUAAGCAUGAAUUAAAUGCGCUAGUCCUUUGAUAUGAUUGUUGCCUAACCCAAAAUCGCGUGCCUUAUCUCAUA